GUAGCUAUCAUCAAGGUCGGCCAUUUGCACCAAACAAAACGAUUAGAAUAAAAGGGAAAAGUGAAAUAUACAGCUUAGCGGUUUGUGUUCAUCUGUAACUGUAUUCUUUAGACGGUCAGUCACAAUGCAAGGCUUAGCACCCUGCAUAUCACUGGUUGUCCUGGUGCUGGGGCUGUUCUAUGCCACAGAGGCCUGCAAUGAGAAUGUGUGCGCCCCGUUGGUCAGCAAGUGUCAGCUGAUAGAUGCCUGUGAGUGCAACAUGGUAGACAUGUCCAACUGCACUUGCUGCAAAGGGUGCCACCAGUGUCUGGAAGACCUGUACACAGAGUGCUGUUCCUGUGUUGGUAUGUGUCCAGAGCUGACUCAGGCCAGCAUGAUGACCAAGACCAGCUCUAUAGAGGACCUGGCUGACCCUGUCCCUGAACUGUUCCGUAUCCUGACCGCCGAGGAAGACGUCCACAUGCGCUGGACAAUCCACACAUACCCAGCAUAUCAGGAGCUACCUGGCUUUGUGUACAAACCAGAGGGCUUUGAUGGGGUGGAAUUUACUAUUGAUGUUGAUUCCAACAACAAAGAUGUACACAAGAUGCGGCAUCAGCAAGGCUAUAUCCCGUCAGACAAUCGUAACUGCACAGUGGCCUUCAUGUCGCAGUGUAUGCCCCUCAGUAAGUGCAAGUACUCCUGCAAAUCCAUGGGUGCUGCGCGAUUCCGCUGGUUCCACGAGCAAGGGUGCUGCGAGUGCAUCAGCAGCGAGUGUCUAGACUACGGGAAAAGCACGCCAAUGUGCCUCAACUGCCAAUCUAAAAAUGAGGUCGAUGAUGAUGACGAGUUAGUGGAUGGUGUGCAGGAAGACAACAGGAAGCACCGCAAUAAAAAUGACGACAAACCAGUUUUCAAAGAGAAGCUGUAAAAAAAAAAGUCUGGUAAUGGUUAGGUGGAGGAUGUGAUGUUGUGACACUCAUCUUGCAUUUAUGAAUGAGAUUAACAUAGAUUUACUCAUACCACGAUCUUGCAGUUUUACAAUGGUCUGAACUUGCUAGAAAAUUGUAGAGAUCUGUCAGUGCAAAUAUCAGCAAGAUGCCUUUUAGACCUGAGUGGUUUGUAAGACAUUUGAGAUUAAGUGUAAAUUUCUUAGUCAGCAUUUGUGUGUUUGUGUUAAAAGCAUUAACUCUCUUGUCAUGGUAUUGCUUUAAGUUAUAUUGCAGGUACGAUUUUACAUAUCAGCUGAAUAGUGCAAAGACGAAGAGGGGGAAGUCUCUAUUAACACACUGGAAAAAUAUUUAAUUGUGCAAUCUGCAGUGGAAAUAUUUAGUAUUGUUGUCAUAGUCAGGUGAUUCACAGUGCUGUCGUCUGAUUGACAUAAUACAGUGAGGUUUUGCUAUUAUUUCAUUUCAUAUCAUAUCAUUUGUCUAAACCAAAUAUUUCAGUCUUGAAGGCUAUAAACAAUUACAUUGGAAUAUAUAUUUGAAUAUUAUAGGGCUUUUGUUUUUAAUAUCGCAUACAAACAGUUUUUAUCAGAUGUAUUUACAUUUAGAUAUAUAGGUAUACAUAUAUAUCAAUUUUAAAUAUUCAAAGUACUUAAAAUCGCAAAAUAUGCAUAUUUAUAAAAUGUUUGUGCUAGCUUUUUGUAGGGAAGUCUUAGUCCCAUAAGUUUUUAUUUUUUUCAUACUUUUUCCUACCUUAAAUGGGAGACUGAAAGGAAACGACUGCUAGAAAUGUGGAAGUCAUAGAGAUUGCAAAUGAUUCCGAAUUUGAUUUUUAUUUUCAUAAACAGUUGUGAUACACUGAUUAUUAUGCCUUCAGCACCCUGAAAUUCAGAGAUGACUGGACAUUUUCAUUUGUUGUCAGCAUGCCUGUGGCAUUUCCAGUGAUCUCUCAAACUUGGGGUGAUCUGGAGUGGUAGGGGCCACGUAUUACAAAAUGUUUUCGAAAUGGUUGGAAAACACUGAAACUACGUCUCCAGUCCUACUAUUUGUGGCAUCCCUGAUGUAUCCUUGAUGUGUACUUGAUGCUGAGGGGAAUUGUAUGAUUGUUUUCAACACAUUGUUUGCCAAGGUCAAGAUCUGCCAGUGUUCAAGGAAUUAUAUAAAUAACAUAACAUGAACUUGGAAAUAUUUUAUAUAGAGGCUUUAAUUAGAUAUCUUGUAGCCGGUGUAAGUGAGAUGUAUGAAACAGAAAGAACAACCCAUUAUACAGUUUGUUCAUUGCUCCUAAUUUCUUAUGUUAUAGUUCAAAGAUAAAGGUAUUUUUGUGACUAAUAACGUUUUUCCUUUAAACUAAGUGGUAAUAAUUUGGAUCUAAAUUUUCACUCAGAACAAUGAAAGUAUCGAUUAUGGAAUCACCAAGAAAAUUUUGAACAAUGACAAGUUAUCAGUCUCUCAGAGAAUAUAUUGAUAAGUAAGUAGUAUAGUAAGUAUAUACUGUCCUGUAGGUGCUGAAGUUUGUCCAAUUUUGACAACUGCUGUUUGAGAUUUAGUCUUCCAGUUAACAUUUGAAUAUCUAGUCUACCAUUUCAGCAUUUAGAAACUUGGUGCCGUUAUUAGACAUGUUAUUUGUGAUCAUGUUUAUGAUUAUCAGUACCAGUAUAAUUGUGUCAUACAAGUCUUUUAGAUAUCAUAAACUAUGAGAUGAAAUCAUUUUUAAAAAGAGGUCUACAGACAAUUUAGUAUUCAGGCUAUUCUGUAGAUUGCCAUAAUUAUAUCAUUUAUUGACAUAGUACCUGUGUAUAUCAUCAAAUGUGUAUUAUAACAUACAAAAUGCGGCAAUAAAUGUUGCUAGAGGAAAUUGUUUUGUGUAUUCCUUGAAAUAAAAAAAUAUUACUUUCA